CAGGCCGGGCAGGUGGAAGAAGAAGGGCCGCUCGGCCUGCAGAGGAGCCCUGGCAGGCGGAGGAGGAACUUGGCGCGGCCCUCUGGGUGCAGCUCAGGGGAAGGAGGCAGGGUGCCGUUGUGCCAAGGGAAGAGCCAGAUCCAGAAACGAUGAGACGAGUGGUACGACAGAGCAAGUUCCGGCACGUGUUCGGCCAGGCAGUGAAAAAUGACCAGUGUUAUGACGACAUCCGGGUGUCCCGUGUCACGUGGGAUAGCUCCUUCUGCGCGGUCAACCCCAAAUUCGUGGCAAUAAUCAUUGAAGCCAGCGGGGGUGGAGCCUUCCUGGUUCUGCCUUUACACAAGACAGGUAGAAUCGACAAGUCGUACCCCACCGUUUGUGGCCACACCGGACCAGUGCUGGACAUUGACUGGUGUCCUCACAACGACCAGGUGAUCGCCAGCGGCUCAGAAGACUGCACGGUGAUGGUCUGGCAGAUCCCAGAGAACGGCCUCACGCUGUCCCUGACGGAUCCUGUGGUCAUCCUAGAGGGCCACUCCAAACGAGUGGGCAUUGUAGCCUGGCACCCCACCGCCCGCAAUGUGCUGCUAAGCGCAGGCUGUGACAACGCCAUCAUCAUCUGGAACGUGGGCACCGGGGAGCCCCUGAUCAACCUGGACGACAUGCACCAAGACAUGAUCUACAAUGUCAGCUGGAACCGCAACGGCAGCCUCAUCUGCACGGCCUCCAAAGACAAGAAAGUCCGCGUGAUCGACCCCCGGAAGCAGGAGAUCAUGGCGGAGAAAGAGAAGGCACACGAAGGCGCCCGGCCGAUGCGAGCCAUCUUCCUCUCGGACGGGAAUGUCUUCACCACGGGGUUCAGCCGCAUGAGCGAAAGGCAGCUGGCCCUCUGGAACCCCAAAAACAUGGAGGAGCCCGUGGCCCUUCAUGAAAUGGACACCAGCAACGGCGUUCUGCUGCCCUUUUACGACCCGGACACGAACAUCCUUUACUUAUGCGGGAAGGGCGACAGCAGCAUCCGCUACUUCGAGAUCACGGACGAGUCACCCUACGUCCACUACCUCAACACCUUCAGCAGCAAAGAGCCCCAGAGAGGGAUGGGCUUCAUGCCCAAGAGGGGCCUGGAUGUCAACAAGUGUGAGAUCGCCAGGUUCUUCAAACUUCACGAGAGGAAGUGCGAACCGAUUAUCAUGACCGUCCCCCGGAAGUCUGACCUCUUUCAGGAUGACCUCUAUCCGGACACGGCUGGGCCCGAAGCUGCCCUGGAAGCCGAGGAGUGGUUUGAGGGAAAGAACGCUGACCCCCUCCUCAUCUCCCUGAAACACGGCUACAUCCCAGGGAAAAACCGGGACCUCAAGGUGGUCAGGAAGAACAUCCUGGACAACAAGCCAGCUGCCAACAAGAAGAGCGAUCUCAUCAACACCCCAAAGAAAGCGAUGGACACCUCAAACCCUCAAAACGAAGCCAAAUUGGAAGAAAUCUUGAAAGAGCUCCGGUCGCUAAAAGACACAAUCGCGCAUCAGGACGAGCGCAUUUCCAAAUUAGAACAGCAGGUGGCGAAGAUAUCCGUCUGAGAGCCAGCCGGGGGGGGGGGUCUACGGCAGGGGGAGGAGGAAGCAGGAUUCGGACUGUGAGCCACCUGCAGGGCUGCGGAGAGGGACGGGCACAGCCAGCGAGCCCAGCACUGUCAGCGGACGUGCCCGGCAUGGCAGCCAAGUCUUUUCUAGCGAGCAGCCCACCUUGUCUCCUGACGUCUUUGUGGCCAUUCCAGAGCAGACACUGCCGCCUCCUUCCUCGCGUUUGUCCAUCGGUCGGAGGGUCAGCCAUUCCACGGGAUCCGUAAGACGCCGGGAUCCCUGCCGAACUUCCUAGAAUCGGGGACCAAAAUUUCUUCGUUUUAAAAAAUACACACACACACACACACACGUUUUGUUUUUUCUUACUUUCAAGUUGCCAAAAUCCAAAACUUUUUAUCAUUUUAUUUUUUUUUCCUUUCUAGCAUUUUUACAGUAUUUUGUGUUUUUAAUCUAAAAGGACGUUGUGCGUUUGUGCCAUCUGAACAACAAAUAAGUUGUGUAUGCUUGUUUACUUUUGAGCACCUGGUGCGGCCACCCCACUGCCAGGUCCAAAAGACCAAUUUUAAUGUUUCUGCCCUCCGAUUUCUGGUUCCCCUGAAAUUUGCGUGGAUUUGAGGAGGGGGGAGGCGCCCUUGCUUUCCCACCCGCUGCCAUUCCAAGGGACUGAACCCCCACCCCACCCCCACUUUCCCCAGAGCGUCCUCUCUCAAAUCUGGGGAGCCUUUAUUCCAACAUUUGUUGAGCUUUGGUUUAAUCUUAAUCAUUGUGUCAAACUUUGGCAUGUUGUGAUUGCUGAUUUCUGGGUCCAUGUUUCCUGCAGAUGUUUGUUCCUAUUUAUCAUCCAGGUGUUACAAGGUUAUAAAAAAAAUAUGAAUUUGGGACAUUAAGGACAAAUGCACUAAAUUUUGCAAGCUGUUGGGAA